AGCCCCGCCCCAAGGCCCGGAAGCGAAAGCUGUUCCUCCUCUUCCGAGCGGGGUCACGGCCCAGCCGGCGGGAGCCGGGUUUGGAGAGUCCCGGGCACUCGGAGAAUCCGGGUAGCCCCGGCUGGAGCCAUGUCCCGGAACCUGCGCACUGCUCUCAUUUUCGGUGGCUUCAUCUCCCUGAUCGGCGCCGCCUUCUACCCCAUCUACUUCCGGCCCUUAAUGCGGCUGGAGGAGUACAAGAAGGAACAAGCCAUUAAUCGAGCUGGUAUUGUUCAAGAAGACGUGCAGCCACCAGGUAAACUUAAAAAUCAAGACAAAAAUCUCAUGUGAACUGCUGCGUUGUUGGGGGGAGGGUUGAAAGUGUGGUCGGAUCCAUUUGGCCGGAAAUGAGAAGAUUAACACCACCUCUAGUGAUGCAAGUAGACAGAGACGUCAUGCUUUCAGUUCUGCAGCAAGCGCAAUAAGUCACCUGGCUAGGGAACACUGGCUGGAGCAGAAAACUCUAGAAGGCCAUGAAGAGUCCUGUGCAUGAGGAUUAUGUCCCUUCUUAAAAGAACCCUGGAACAAAUCAUGCUAUUAGGAGGGUUUUCAUGAUUUGGUUUCCUUUCUAAAAAUGAAGCUGUCUCACUCAGCUGGGCUUGAAGGCUAUCUACAUAUUAUUCAGUCUCUACCUCUUAGCCAGCCAUGCUGUGAUAUGAAUACAAGCAACCAGUAGACUGGGAAAGAUCCUAGACUGUUCCAUCCUCCAAAUAGGAAAUUUCAGGGGAAAACUACCAUAUUGAGCAGCCUCAUAGGGCUCUUCGAAAAUGUUAAAGUUGAUAAAACUCUUUGAGGACAAGGUACAUUGUACUCUUUAGGAAUAAGUAGUUCAGCUCAACUAUCUCAUUAGGAAGGUUGCUGCAUGUUGAGAAAUAAAUUUGAAGCAAACUAAAUGGGUCUGCAUGCCUAUUAGAAAUCAUUGUUGAAUUGACUGAAGUGAAAAUGUAUAUAUUAAAAUGAUUUCUCUUA